UAUGCAAGUACACAAUGGAUAAAGAGAAGCAAGCUGUUUUGAUCAUAGAUGAAGCGAAAAGCGACAAUCAAAAAUUUGUCAAUACACCAGAAGAGAAGGCAUUUGUUCGUAAACUGAAUUGGAAAGUGCUACCGUUGAUCUUUUUUAUUAUAAUGAUUCAAUUUUGUGAUAAAUCAGCACUAAGUGUUGCAGCUGUUUUGGGCAUAUUCGACGAUACACAUAUAACUGAAGACCAAUUCAGCUGGGUGGGGUCAAUAUUUUACUUGGGUUAUCUGAUUUGCCAGGUGAGUCCGUUAAAUAACUACUUUAUCCAACGAUUACCUAUUGCUCGGUAUUUUGGCUCGGUUUUGGUCUUAUGGGGAAUUGUCAUGACGAUGACUUCAUUCUGCCAUGAUUUUUCUCAGUUGGCUGCCUGUCGAUUUCUGCUUGGUUUCUUUGAAGGCGUGAGUUAUCCCUGCGUUUAUAUCCUAUUGAAUACAUUAUAUCGACGAUCAGAACAAUCCUUUUGUUGGGGAUUUAUUGGAAUCGGUACCGGAAUGGGUACUGUUAUCGGCGUAGUGAUUGCUUAUGGUAUUGCACAUAUGGAAGGUAUUGCGGGUAUGCAUGCCUGGAGAUGGGGUUAUAUCGUCUUUGGUAUUGCUACUGUGGUCAUUGGCGUUAUUACAUUCUUCUUUUUGAUUGAUGAUACACAUCACAGGUUUUUACAUCUCAGUGAAAUCGAGUUAGAAAUUGUAGAGGAGAGAACUCGCGAUAACUGCGUGGUGAGAAAUACAACAAUUAAGAAAGAACAAAUGUGGGAGGCUUUAAGAGAGCCACGACUGUACCUUCUAUUCUUUGCCAAUAUGCUCAUUUGCUUAGAGAACGGAGGGCUCGUUACCUAUAGCACCUUACUUGUCGAAGGCCUUGGGUUCUCUAAAUUCACUUCUGUCAUUCUUCAAAUCCCUAAUGGCGUUGCAGCUGCUGUCUUUGCUAUGGGAGCGGUUGUUAUUGCAAAAUGGAGACAGCAAAACAUAAUAACGGCCAUUGCGAUGUCACUAACAUCUAUGAUUGGCUGUAUUUUGAUCAUUGUUAUUCCUGGUACAGCCAAACUGGUAGGAUUUUAUCUUACCUGGGCAAUGACGGGUGUGAUGGCGUUACUUCAAACAAUAGUGUCAAACAAUGUGUCAGGCUAUACCAAGCGAGUGUUCUAUAACGGAGUCAGUAUGGUUGGUAUGACGAUUGGUAAUUUUGCAGGACCACUUGCAAUGAUGGGCAACCAAGGACCACAAAAAACAGGAGCGCUUAUUGGCUAUGCAGUUGCAAACAUUGUACUCAUAUUCUGUUUGGGCAUUGUUUAUGUGUUGAUGAAGAGAGAGAAUGAGGACAGAAUACGUCGUCCAGCUGAAGCCAAAGUUGAUGUAUAUUUGGAUUUAACAGAUCGACAGGACCGAAAUAUACUUUAUAAGCUGUAGUCAAACUAAGUUAUGAUUGGAUAAUGAUUGGAUAAUGAUGUUCAUACAAACACACUUGAAAAUAAACUCUUUUGAUUUGACAUUAGUACAAAGUAUGACAACAUUUAAAUGUCAGUCAGUUAAAAUUUUAUGCAAAACCAUGUGCAAU